AUGGCGCAGGAGCGCGAGUUCUACAAGUACUGCCAGCUCCCCCAGCGGCCAGGCCUUCUCGAUCGACCCCCGGCCUCCCCCAGGACAGAAGCCAGCGUCGAGCUGCUGCCCCAUUCAUCGCAAGACACGACCCUCACAGCGCUGGCACAGCUGGGAGCCCUGCGACUGAAUGCCCAACGCUGCAUGAUCUCGCUCUUCGACCGCCGCAAUCAGUACAUCCUCACCGAGGCCACCCGCACCUUGAGCCUGCAAGACGACCGCGUCCAUGUCGACGGCGACGCACUCUGGCUAGGCAGCAGUGUGAUCCCCAAGCAGGAUGGCAUCUGUUACUACGCCUGCGAAGACGCACGCCUCAACGCCGGCCCGCUGGAAUCGGACACUGCCGGCUGCGAGCGACAUUGUGCUUUUGUCGUUCCCGACUUGACCAAGGACGAUCGGUUCAACAGGAGACAAUACGUGGUCAACGCGCCACGCCUGCGAUUCUUCGCUGGCGUUCCCCUCCGCAGUCGUCGGGGCAUUGUUAUCGGUGCCUUCAGCGUGAGCGACGGGCUCGCUCGACCAAAUGGAUUGACUGCGCUGGAGAUCCGCUUCAUGACUGACACGGCGGCGGCCGUUAUGAACCAUCUGGACAUGGUACGAUCACACGAGCAGAAUCGACGAGGGGCAAACAUGAUCGCGGGCCUGGGCGACUUUGUCGAAGGAGGGAUCUUCCCAUCGAGCAGUCUCCGCCGCAGAAGCAACGUCGACUUCGAUAAAGAGGACCAGGAUGGAAUGGGGGUCACCAGCACGGCUGAUGACAAGAUGCGAAACAGCACUCUGCAUUCACGCCGUGCCUUGACACGGUCUGACCGGCUGGUGGUCCAAAAUCGUAUCCAACGAGACAAGUCUCCGGCACCGUCAGGUAGGGUUAACGAAGGACAGCGGGCUCUGAAUUCGUAUGCCGAACCUUCUGCUACAGAGACAACCGACCAGCCAACCUCCGAGUCGUCUGCACCGUCGACCCCGAAGCGCAAGCGUGAGAACGAGGUGACCCUCAAGUCUGGCACUAGGGAGAUAUUCGGCCGCGCCGCUCGUGUGUUGCAACAGUCGCUCGAUGUCCAAGGCGUCGUCUUCUUCGACGCAAGUGUCAAAUCGUACGCCAGCCUGGUCAGGAAUACCAACGACCAACCAUCGGAUGGAGAGGUCAGCAGCGGCUCCAGCGAAGCACUGGAAGGCAGCAGCGACAGCGAUAAUCUAACCCCAGGACACUCAUCAACGGAAUCGGACGACCUGACGACGUCGGACGUGCUGGGGUUCUCGCUCGAAGACCCCGAACAGCCCACAGGAGCCAUGCGCGAGACCUUCCUACGAUCGCUUCUGCGCAACUAUCCCCAAGGCGCCAUCUUCAACGUCGACGAGAACGGCAGUGUCUCCUCCAGUGAAGGCAGCGACAGCUCGUCAGCGAGCACUGUCUCCCGAGAGAUCGUGUACCGGCGGCACGAAGGCCCCAAAGUGCAACGUCGAUGGAAGCAGCAAAAGCGCCACCGCGCCAGCCUGAAAGAAGAAAACAGAGGCCUUAUGAAGAUCUUCCCCUGCGCGCGCUGCGUAACCUUCUUCCCACUCUGGGACUCUCGGCGCAACCGUUGGUUCUCUAGUCUAUUUCUAUGGACCAAGUCGCCGCGCAGCUUCCACCUAGGGAACGAAUUGGCGUAUCUAUACGCCUUCUCCAACAGCAUCAUGGCCGAGAUCCACCGGCUAGAUAUGGAGCUUGCGAACCGCGCGCACGCAACGCUCGUUGGCAGCAUCUCGCAUGAACUUCGCAGUCCGCUUCACGGCAUCCUAGGCAGCACGGAGCUGCUGGGCGACUCAUCGUUGACGCCAGCACAGACAGCACUAGUCAACACAGUCGAACACUGCGGCCGCUCAUUGCUCGAUAUUAUCAACAACAUGCUGGACUUUGCAAAAAUCAACCAGUUCACGCACCGGUCGCGGUCGUCGCAGUUUAAGCGCUCCGCUCUGCAGCGACGUCACCCACGGUCGCAUAUGCGCAAUAAGCCAGGAAACGGGGUUGUAAAUCUCAUAUCGGACGUACAGCUUGACGGUGUACUAGAGGAAGUUGCGGAGAGCGUCUUUGCGGGCCACUGUUACAGCGCGAAGAACAAGGAACAGGCAGGGGCACCCCCGUCCGCUCCGAUGAUCGACAACCAUGGUGAACUGGUUAUUGCAAGUCCAAACGAGCGUCCCGCUUCAGCAUUUAACGAGUCAUUGACUGUUGUCUAUGAUGUUGCGCCUGAUAUCCGGUGGCUAUUUGAGACGCAGGCCGGGGCGUGGCGGCGCAUCUUGAUGAAUCUGUUCGGCAACGCGCUGAAGUACACACAGUCCGGACAUAUCGUUGUUUCUUUGAAGUCGACGUCGCCGAUAUCAGAUGCUAAAUCGUCUAGGAAUCGUCGCGAGCAUGGUGCUGAGAUGGCCGGCGUCACUCUCACGGUCAAGGAUACAGGGCAAGGCAUCGACAGGCAGUACCUAGCGAGCAAUGUCUUCCAGCCGUUUUCGCAGGAGGAUCCGUUGUCACCUGGUAGCGGGCUAGGUCUCAGUAUUGUCUAUCAAACUGUCGUCUCCCUGGGUGGCACGGUCGAUGUAUCCUCGACUAAGGGGGCUGGCACGGAAGUGACGGUUAGUGUUGAUCUCGCGCGGACACCGAAGGAGGCCACGACAGACCAGAGCCAGAGUCAGCGAGGGGUGCAGCAGACAAGACAUCUAGUACGAGACAAGUCAAUCGGCUUAAUCGGAUUUGGCACGCCGUGGGAACAAAGCAAAGAGGCGCUGGCGUUGCUGCGGGCGUCUCUUGCCCGGAUGUAUGAGAACCAUUUCGGUAUGAAGGUCGGCUUUGUCGCGCCUGGCGCUCAAGUUGUCUAUGAUAUCUACGUCGUGCAACAGGCGUAUCUCGGCGACAUGGAGGAUAUAUACCGCCAGGCUUCUGCGAAGGGUAUGGCUCCUGCUGUGUUGGUAAUCUGCUCAACGCCGCAAACCGCCCAGAAGCUGGCUAGCGAGCGCCGACAUCAAUCGCCUGGUCUAUACGAGUUCACUAGUCAGCCGUGCGGUCCGUUUAAAAUGGCCAAGGCACUGAAGGCGUGCGUCGACCGCCAGGCACAAGAGCUUCCCGUGAAGGACACCAAAGAGCCAGAGCCAAAGGGAGAGGAAUUGAAAACACCAUUUCCACUCACCAUCACUCCUAAAGGUCUGCAGAACGUUGAACUCAGUCCAAGGUCCGCAGUGGCGACCAUCACUGUCAACGACAACGAGGACGCAGUCACCGAGAUCUCAGCAACACUCGAAGCCACACGAAUCGUCCCUUCGGUGUUACUGGUCGACGACAACUCGGUCAACUUGCAGCUACUGGUGGCGGUAAUGAAGAAAGCCAAAUUCCCGUAUUUCACAGCCUGCAAUGGCCUGGAAGCGCUGGAGGCUUACAAGGAGCACGCGAAGGAAAUCCAAGUGAUUCUAAUGGUUAUGGAUGGCCUGGAAUCAACACGAGAGAUCCGGCUCGCGGAGAAACAACAGCGCGGCAAUAGCAAGCCCACGACGAUCAUCGCGCUGUCUGGUCUGGGGAGCGCGUCUGUGCGCGACGAGGCGUUUAAUUCAGGGGUUGACCUGUUCCUCUCGAAGCCAGUGCGGUUUCAGGAGCUGACGAAGCAGAUUGCCGAAUUAUUGCGAUGA